AGCACUAGUCAAGAGGAAGAGGAGGUAGGCGUCAGUGUUGAGGUGCUUGGGGCGUUCGCCGCCACCUUUGCUCGCGCGCCCAUGGAGCAGAAUGGUGCUUCCCUUCAUGUUUCAUUGAUUGGAGACAACUUGGGCGUCCAAGGCACUGAUUUGGGGCAGAUUGGGCGCGUUAUCUAUGCGGUGGAGCAAAGGGGCGAGCGGCUCGGCCUGGUGGGCGACCAAGCCAUAAAGGGCCAGACGUGCAUCAUGGGGGGUGGUGAGCAGGCUGGUUUGGGC